GCUGCUCGCGCCCGCUAUCACACCUGUUGGGCCAGACGUACGCGACGCACUCGCGGCCCGCCCCCGCAGCCAUGGCAACCCUGGACCCGGCGGCGGCCUCGCCGACCACGACGGCGACGGUCGCCGCCGUCCUCCUCGUGCUCACGUCCUCGUCGGCGACCUGCUCGGCCACCCACUCACAGCAGCCAGCGGACGUCACCAGGUGGGCGAACCCUGCCACGACGGACAACAAGGGUGGCAGCAGGCUGGUGUUCGAGUUCUACACCAGCCCCGAGCCGGGCGCCGCCGCCGACGUCAUGAGGAGCGGGCCCGAGGCGUCUGCGUCGUCGGGCUCCUCCCCCAACAAGGCUGCCGCCCUGGCGAGUAGCACGCCGUCCUCCUCUUCUUCGUUCGUCGGCGAGCGCGAACCUGCACCAUCCCAGCCGCCCCACGCCCUCAGCCCGCAGUCGAGCUCCCGGCACCCCAGUGUCAUACCUGUCGGAACUGCUUGAGAUGGUGGGAGGGAAUGUGUCUUGCGGUGCUACCCAUCAACUCCUUCUGUCCCCAGUGUGAACCAGUGUGCGUCUGGGCCCGAGGAUCGUGAUCAUUCAUAUAUUUGCCUUCAUCAAGGUUCAACAAUAGAUUGCUGGAACAUUUCUAGGAAACAUGGAUAGAAACUCUGCCAUGAAUCCAUCAAAUUAUGGUGCACACUCUGCAUGGCACACUACUCGUAAUGACGGCAUGGGCAAUCUUGGAGAAAUUCCAUCAGUGUGGCCACCUUGGGCAUCUUUACAACCGCACAACAAAGAUCAAAAUGUUCUUCUGGAGAAGGAUUCACUGAGAGCAGCCACUUCAGCCCUUCCCUUAACUAACCACUACAAAACUUCACAUGAUUUACAUUAUGCUCACUACCCUCAUAGUACAUAUUCUGCCCACCAGAGAUUAGCCAAUACUGAUAAUAGUUACUUAGGAAAUAAUGCUACUCCUGCACUGUCUAAUGUUAGAAGAGAACAAAAUAUACAAUUAGGCGAACUUGCACUACAAAAACAGGUUGAAUUACCCAACUCUCAUGAAGGUGCACCUGUGAACCGACAUACAAAGGAUUGUGGGCAGCCAAAUAUUAGAGAAAACCAUUCUAUUCAAAGAAUAUCCCAUCCAAAUGAUGGCAGUAAUCCGUCACAGAACGUGUCUUGUUCAACCUCAUCAGACCUUGGGGGAAAAAGCACAGGAGAAGAAAAUUUAGGGACCAACCAAAAGAAUGCACCAACAGCAGCUCAUUGGAAAGAAUUUCUAACAGGAUUAAGAACGGGGCACUAUGAGAUGUCAGACACAUUUCGACAUCAUUUGGAUCCAGAGGCACCUGUUCAUCUUCCUGAGGAUUAUGGUAAAUCGGAUGCAGAAUCUGACCAUGAAACAACAACAGACAAGGCACCUAAACAACCCAAGAAAACUAAAGUAAUGGAGGCAAAAGAAGCUCUGAAUCGAGGUCAAGCUCAUAUAAAUGCAAAAGGGAAGCUUAUUAGGGCUCGAAGGAUGGGAGAAGGCUGUGCAUCAAAAGGCUGCAGGUUUAAAUGUGAAGAACGUAUCACUAAAGAGGCCAGAACUAAUAUUUUUGAAUAUUUUUGGAAUCUGGGUAAUCACCAAUUACAAUGGCUUUUUAUAGCCAUGCAUACAAGUGUACGUGCACCUAAACAAAGAACUCAAGAUCCAAUCAGGUCAAGGAGAAAAACAUCUCGCUCUUACUUCUUUCGCCAAGGAACUGCAAAGAUUCCUGUCUGUAAAACAAUGUUUCUUCACACAUUGGAUGUUUCGGAUUCCUGGGUUGACACGGCCAUUUCAAAAGCUGCCAAUGGAGUAGUUGUGGCUCCUGACUGUAGAGGAAGACACACCAAGGCAACACGGGAUGGAAAUUCAGGCACUAAUGCUCCUGCUGAAGAACAACAAGUGACAAAAAAAAAGAAGCGACGGAAGAAGACUAAAGUGUUUGCUGAAGCUCUGCCAACUGUGAAUGAAUCCACAUCUCAAGAAAGUAUGCUUCCUUUACAAAAUAUUGCCAAUAGAGAUUCAGACAAAUCCAAAUCAUCUGGUUCAAAAGACUCAGACAGCAUGCUUCACGGAAAUUCUGAGGGUAGGCUGUACAACAUGCCACUUGGCUCUUCUAUGGAAGCCAGGAAUCUAUGUGGUCCACUCGUCAACAACUCUCUUGGUUAUGCAGGAAGUCCCCAUAUUGACGGUGGCAGGGACGGGGCGGGUGGACCGGGGACUGCGGACAUGCCGAACCCAGCGCUGCUCCGCCUGCAGUCCGUGCUCCCCGGGAUCCUGUCGGGGAAUCUCGGCAACCUUGGCCACCUGGGCAACCUACCCCUCGGCGACCUCUCCGACACCCCGUACCACUGGAUGGUGGGGUCGGGCGGUGUCGGCGGCGCCCCUGGGGGUGAGGUGGCCUCUGCGGGCGGCUCCGCGGGCGGAGCUGCCGACGCGCUGGCCGCCAACGCGCCCCCCAAGCCCAAGAAGCGGAAGCGCGCCGACGUGAGCGCAGCUCUGGGCGCGGCCGCGACCGGGAUGGGGGUGGGCGUCGGCGGCCUCCUGGGGGCCGCGUCCGUCCCCGAGGCCUUCCGCCAUCACCUCAACCCGGAGACGCUCGGUCUCCGGGACCUGCCCAACGGCGCCGUCGUGGCGCCCCUGCUGGAGGGCAAGCUCCGGCUGUCGGCCUCCUCGGCGUCGGCCGGGUCGUCGUCGACGGCCUCGGACAAGCAGCGCGCCCGCCAACGCGAGCCCGCGCGCUGGAGGGCCAACCUGUGCAAGGAGGCGCUCAACACGGGCAAGGAGCACGUGAACCUCAAGGGGAAGGUGGUCCGCGCCAGGCACCUCGGCGAGGGCUGCGUCGACACGUGCCGUUUUAGGUGCAAGGACCGUCUCGAAGAGGAGGACAGGCAGGCCAUCUUCAACCACUUCUGGAGCCUGGGCGACCACCAGCUGCAGUGGCUGUUCAUCUCCAGGCACACUCGCGUGCGCGAGCCCAAGCACCGCACCACCAACGUGGACCCGGAGCUGUCGCGCCGCAAGACGACCCGCAACUACUUCUUCACCGUGUUCCGCGCCGAGCCCAGCUCGCGCCGCGGCUACGAGACCGAGUGCGAGAUCCCGGUCUGCAAGACCAUGUUCCUGCGCACGCUCGACGUGUCGGACUCGUGGGUCGAGUCUGCCAUCGCCAAGGUGCACCGGGCCCAGGGCGGCGGCCGGGACGACGGCGCGGUCGUGGACCGCAGGGGCCGGCACCGCAAGGCGACGCGUCGCGUCCCCGCGCACAUCGUCGAGACGGUGCGGCAGCACUGCCGCCUCUUCCCUCGCUCGGGGAUCCCGCCCAACUCCAAGGGCUUCCAGCGCCAGUGCCUCGCGGACGGCCACUCCGUCAGCAAGAUGCACCGCAUGUACCUGGACUGGAUGCAGCAGCAGGCGCUGCUGGCCGCGCCUGGUGCGCCCGCCGCGCCCACCGCCACCCUCAGGCAGUACCGGGACAUCCUGGCGGCCGAGCUGCGCGCCGAGUUCAAGGUGGCCAAGCAGGAGGGGUCCGAGGACGGCGACUUUGCCGAGGCCGAAGGCGGAGACACGACAGGCUGGGGCGGCGGCGUCCCUUGCCAGGGCCAGGGCGGCGAUGACGAGGAGGAGUACAUGGAAGUGCCUGUCAAGGCGGACUUUAUUGCCGGGAGCAGUGUCAGUUUUUAGUUGUAGCCCUGUUGAUCUUGUCACCUGAAGUACAAUGGGUACUGUGGUAUCCAGUUUCCUCUACUGAGUAGUGUAAAAUAAGACCUAAUAUUAUUUUUAUUGUUUUGGUGAUUUUGAAAGGCAGUCUUAUGACAAGAAAAAGAUCUGUGUUCAUGAAUAUUUGUUUGGUGUCUGUAAGUUUUGAUAAAUACUUUUUGUUGAGUAAAAUUUCUAGCAACUACUAAACCAAAUAUGAAUGUGACGGGCCUUUUGUGACUAGUCCCCUGAAAAUUAUUGCAUAUUUUUAUUUUUGUAAAACAGUUAAAGGGCGUCAUCAAAUUAUGAUGAAUGUUUUUAUACCACUUUUGUGUGAUGAAGAUAGUUAUUUGAUUGUAAUCCUAUUUUUGUUUAGUCUCGUGGUUAAGUAGAUUUUAUACUUGUUAUUUAAAAUUCUUUAAGCUCCUUUGCUUAGAAUUUUAAAUCAAAAUUUACAAGACAGGGUCUGUGCUGCUUGGAUGAAAGGUCUGAAAAAUUUUGUGCAUUAGCUAAUUAUGGUUUUGGUAAUGUAAUAGCUGACAUUCCUUCAAAACUGCCUCAACAAUACACAUUCAGACAGUAUAAUUUUCAUUCCAUGACGAUGUAAGUAGAUAAUCAGGGAUUAUAAAUACUGAUUUGUUGAACUUUAAAAAUUCACUGAACAGCACUGUUUUAAAAACAUUUUGUUUCAGAAAUCCAAAUAAAUAUCUAUUCGUCCCGUGGUGCGAAUAGUCAUUACGUUAUUGA